AUGUCUGCUGCAGAGGAGCGGAAGAGGGUUGCGGUUGUGGGCUCUGGAAUGGCUGGUCUUAUCUCGGCAUACUUGCUGAGAACCGACAGCCGGAACAGAUACAAUGUCGAGAUAUUUGAGAUGCAAGAUCACUUGUCCCUCGAUUCCGCCUCAUAUACCCUCCCAACUAAAGACGAUCUUUCCUCCCAACAAAAUCGGCUGGAUUUGCCCAUGCGCGUUUUCGCGGGUGGCUAUUAUGAAAACUUGAAACGAAUGUACGAGUAUCUCGACAUCAAGUUCGCGUCGCCACGCUUUAUAUAUACGUUAUCGACUCUCCCCAAGGCGCAAGGAGAACAGGUCUCUCCCCAUUUCAUUCAUUCGUCUAAUAACCAUAAGAUUCCUCCACUACGACCGGCUGGGAGCUCGUUCGGUACAUGGAUAAUCGAGGUCGUUUACUUGGCGAUAUGCUAUUUCUGGUUCACGGCCUGUUGCUUUUGGGUUAAGCCCAAGAUGGCUCAUACUUUUGGAGAGGAGGAAUCGUUCCGGCAAUAUCUAGAACGGAUUCGAUUACCCCAGUACUAUGUCAAGAACUAUUUACUCCCACUAGUGUCCAGUGUUACAACAUGCACGCAUGAUGCCGUGCUUGCAUUUCCUGCCAUCGACAUUGUGGAAUAUGAGAGGAGGACGUUCAAGAAACCCCAUUUCCUGGUCCUGGGGGGUGUGCGCAAAGUGCAAGAGAAACUGGCCGAGAAACAAAAGGUACAUUACGGUGCCAAGGUUUCGGAAGUCGAGGAAAUCGGCAACAAGGUCCAAGUGAGUUGGACCACUAAAGAUGGCCAGGCUCAUGCCGAAUCAUUCGAUUAUGUGAUUAUGGCCGUGACCCCUGAUGUUGUCGGUGCCAUAUUCCCUCCUCUACGAAAAGCCAUGGCCGGAAUUCCGACUACUUUCGUUGAGUCGGUUGUACAUUAUGACUUCUCCCGCAUAUCUGAGUGUAGCACAUCCUUGAAGCAACAGAUGCGCUCAGAGCAAUACAGUACAUCUGCAGAUUACAUUCCUGCGCAACCAAUUCAUAUCUGCUCCAGUUCAUCGGCAUCGGAGUCAGUACACGAACAUCCUGCAUCUGCCCUUAUAACUACCUACCCGAUUGCCCCAAUUGAUCCAGCCAAGGUCAUUUAUCGGGCCAAAUUCACCCGUGUCUUGCGAACGACCAAGAGUAGGGACAUCGUCAACCGCGUGAUCAACAUCAAACCCUCCCAGCACAUUCCAGAGGAGAAACACCAAACCUGGAAGAACGGAGAUGGUAACGUUUUCCUCGUCGGGGGCUGGUGCUGGGAUGGGAUGGUCAUGCUGGAGGGUUGUAUAUUUUCCGCGAUGCGGGUCGCAAAAAGCUUCGAUGUGGAGAUCCCAUGGCUGGCCAGUAACCCUCGUUCUCGAUGA